GGCGGAGCAGGGGCAGGAGGUGGGGCGAGCUGGGCCCUUCCGCACGUGCCAUUGCCCCCGCGCAGGCAGCUCGGCAGCGGCAGCGGCAUGUCCGAGGAGGCGAAGAGAGUGGCCGCCUGGGCGGCUGUGGAUAACCACGCGAAGAAUAACCAAGUCCUUGGAAUUGGAAGCGGCUCUACUAUUGUCCCUGUUGUCCAUCGACUAGCUGAGAGAGUUAAACAGGAGAAUCUGAAUAUUGUCUGCAUCCCAACAUCUUUUCAGGCACGUCAGUUGAUCCUCCAGAAUGGUCUUAGCCUAAGUGACCUGGACAGGCACCCGGAGCUCGAUGUCGCCAUUGACGGAGCUGACGAAGUGGACUCUGACCUCAGCCUUAUCAAAGGUGGUGGAGGGUGCUUGACACAGGAAAAGAUAGUUGCAGGCUAUGCAAAAUGCUUCGUCGUUGUUGCCGACUACAGCGCUGUCAGUGAGCACUUGGCCCUCGAUGUCAAUGGGAGCAGGACCAGGCCUAAAAAAAAUUCUAAGAACCUUGGGGACCAAUGGAAGAAAGGAAUCCCCAUUGAAGUCAUCCCAAUGGCUUAUGUCCCAGUGAUCAGAGCAGUGACCAGGAAGUUUGGGGGUGUUGCUGAGCUGAGGAUGGCUGUUCGGAAAGCGGGUCCUGUGGUGACAGACAAUGGGAAUUUCAUAUUGGACUGGAAGUUUGACAAGGUCCACAAGUGGAACGAAGUGAACACAGCUAUAAAAAUGAUACCAGGCGUGGUGGAGACAGGUCUCUUUAUCAACAUGGCCGACGUGGUUUACUUUGGCAUGGAAGAUGGUUCUGUCAGCGCCCGUGAGAAACUGGCCCUCUGACACAGUCCAGCCAUACGACGCUCCCUGCCUUUCAAACAGCUGUCAUAAUGGUGCCAACCUGACACGUUGCCUUAACGAGCGGCCAGCUCAGUCACAGAGGUCGGGGCAGAAGGCCUGUCAGAAUCCGCUGACGUGCUACUGAAUGUCUUUUUUUAAAACUAUAUUCUUUAUUUUUUAUUGUUCAGAAACGCUUGUCAGUUUUUAAAAAAAAGUCACUUGAACAGAAGUUGCUUUUAACAUUUUUAUUUUUUUUAAUAAAAAGCAUUUACCAAAAAGGACUUAUCUUACAGAUCUUGAACCCGCUGGUUGCUCUGACCGCAUCUUGUUGUGGGGAGAAAGAUAAUCACAAUGUAUUGUUUUUAUUUAGUUUGCUGGGAGGAAAAAUUUAAAGAUGCAGCAUGUAAAACUAGGGCAUAUCCAGUUGGGACCUGCUGUUGCCUUACUGGAACCUUUCGGUUCUGUAUUUUCUCCUGUUCGGUUUUUUUACAUCAUGGUUUUUAAUGGUACAGAAUGCCUAGUUAUUCUGCAUGGGUAAAAUUUACCCCCUGUGCAGAGGGUUGAGACAGAAGUGUUGUAUAGGCUUUUUCUGCACAGGAGUGAAUUUCAUCCGUUGGGCCAACCGCUGCUGUUAAACCAGUGUCAAUCUGCAGUAACUCCCAUCAAGAUUUAUUCCAAUCAGUUAAGUUACUCCAGAUUGAUAUCCUUGUAAACACGAGCAGAACUGGGUCCUUGAUCAAGUUUACAGAAGUGUAUUUGAGAAGCUUUCAACAAUGUCUAGUACCUUAGUGGCAAAUCAUUCAGUUAGGAAUGAAGACAAUUUAUCGCACCUCACAGUUGGGUUCAUUCAUAGGAGGAUAGAGCAGAAAGCAAAGGAAUAUUGAGUCUUCCUGCCUGGACGGGAUACAAAUGUAGCAAGAGGACAAGGCAAUCAUCUGAUGUAUCCUAUUCCACCUAUAGGUACUUUGCAUGUUACAGUGUCAAAAACGUGAGUCAUCACUUUGUAUGUUAUGGGCACUGAAAUAAAGAGCUGUAAUGCCAG